AUGUCCAUUAAAAACGAAAAGCAGACCUUGGAGGUGACUUCUGUCUCUGACAUCGAGUCUCUCAGUGUUAGAAACAAGGUAUUUGGCUAUGAAGAGCGCUUGGCUUCUACACUUAACUCGCGCCAUAUAGGUAUGAUUACCUUGGUGGGCGUUUUCGGCACGGGUCUUUUCCUUUCUUCUGGAGGCUCUCUUAGCACGGCUGGGCCCGUGGGAGUUUUGCUCUGUUACUUUUUCAUUGGUUUGGUCGUCUUGGCAUCGCAGAUGUGUGCCACUGAAACAGCUUGUCUUAUGCCUGUGACCUUCUCUUAUAUCAAGCACUCCAACCAUUUCAUUUCCCAAAGUUUUGGUUUCGCAGUCGGGUGGACUAACAUCUAUGCUGCAAUUAUGCCUAGCGAGUUAUCUGCUGUCGCGGUGAUUAUGACCUACUGGUCAAGCUUAAACCCAGCAGUAUGGGUGGCUGUUUUUGGUAUAGUUGUUGUAGCCACCAACUGCUACAAAAUUCGGUGGUACGGCGAAAUUGAGUUUUUUUUCGGCUGUCUCAAGAUCUUGUUGGUCUUAGGUCUUAUUCUUAUCGGUUUGAUCAUUGACUUGGGCGGUGUACCCGGCCAAGACAGAAUAGGUUUCCGCUAUUGGAAGGAAGGCGCCUUCAAUUGGAAGUAUUUCGAUUCGGACACUGGCCGCUUCAUUGCCUUCUGGAAAACGUUGAACUCGGUGGUCUACUCAUAUGGUGGUGUCCAGGGGAUUGCUUUGCUUGCAGGUGAAGUGGAAUAUCCUCGGAGAGCUAUUCACAGAGCGGCUAAGCGUGUUUUUGCUCGUUGUUUCCUCAUGUACAUGUCUACGAUUUUUGUUUUGACAUUGAUUGUGUCGUCCAAAGACCCACUUAUUGCUUCUUCUACAGGAAAUGCUGCUGGUUCUCCUUUUGUUGUUGCUAUAAGGAGAGCAGGGAUCAAGGUUUUGCCUCAUAUCAUUAACGGCGUUGUUUUAACUUCUGCUUUGUCUGCAACAAACUUGGGAGUGCUCCAAUCUUCAAGAGCCUUGUUUGCUUUGGCAAGUAUUGGACAGGCGCCAAAAAUCUUCUUGAAGACGAAUAGAAAGGGAAUGCCCUACUAUGCUCUUCUAGUAUCUGUUAUCUUCCUUCCUUUGGCCUUCAUGUCAGCAUCUCAUGCAGCUUCAACUGUGUUCCUGUGGUUUCAAAGUAUCACAUCUUCUCAUCUUUUGGUGAACUGGAUCACAAUUUCCUUAAACCAUAUUCGUAUGUCUAAAGCCAUGAAAGUUCAAGGCUACACUCGAGAGGACUUGCCGUACUCUUUUCCAGGUACAACCUAUGCAUCUUGGUUCUCCUUAUUCUUUUCCACUCUCCUUUUGUUAACAGGCGGAUUCACUAACUUCAUUCAUGGAAAGUUCUAUUUUCCAUCGUUUUUCUCUGCCUAUUUCAUCAUCCCCUUGGGUAUUGUGUUAGGCAUUUUCUGGGGCAUAGUGAAGAAGUCAUUCCUCAUUAAGCCGGAAGAUGUGGAUUUGAAAACGUUGUUCGAUGAUGUGAAAGAGAGACCCGAACCAGAGUACCCAAAGUUGAAAGGAUGGCAAUGGUUGACCUUGCUCUGGGCAUAA